AUGUACUUCAACGUCGAUAACAUUGUCAUAUUGCUUCCUAGCAUCGUCGAGCCUGCUGAAGACGUCCUCGCCAUAUACAGAGACACCAUCCGGGUCGGCGUAGAUGAAUGUGCCGGUGACAUGGAACAUGGCCACCAUAUCCUUUACGUCUUCCGAUUCUUCGAGUGUAUGGAGGUCACCCGGAAGCAGCGGGCGUAA